AUGCAAUUCUUCACUGCCAUCCUUCUCGCUGUCUCACUGGUGCUCCCCACCACCCUCGCUGCACCUCGCCCUUUGCGCGCAGUGCAGAGGUUCAGCGGAGAGACUUCUGGCAAAUACAUUGUCAAGUUCAAGUCAGGCGCUUCGAGGAAGAACUUCAUCCAGAAGCACGGCCUCAAGAACAAGGUUGCUGAGUGGGACCUCCUCAACGGCUUCGCUGGCAACUUCGACGAUGCCGUUCUCGACGAGCUCCGCCUCGACGAGGAUGUUGAGUACAUUGCUGAGGAUGGUAUCAUGCACACCAUGGCUACCGUUACCCAAACCAACGCUCCUUGGGGCCUCCAGCGUAUCAGCCAGGAUGCCAAGCUCAGCAGCACCUCUACCACCGCUUUGACCUACACUUACAAGUAUGAUUCCACUGCCGGAGCUGGCGUUGACAUCUACGUUGUUGACACUGGUAUCUACACCGCCCACUCCGACUUCGGUGGUCGUGCUCGCUGGGGAGCUAGCUUCAACAACCUUGGCAACUCCGAUGGAAAUGGCCACGGAACUCACUGCGCUGGAACUGCCGGUGGUACUCGCUAUGGUGUUGCUAAGGCUGCCAACCUCAUUGCUGUUAAGGUCUUGAGCGACUCUGGAUCUGGUGCUACCUCAGGAAUUGUCUCUGGAUUGAACUGGGUCUUGACUCAGGCUAGGGCUUCUGGUCGUCCCUCUGUUGUCUCCAUGUCUCUCGGUGGAAGUGCCUCCACUGCUCUCGAUAACGCCGUCACCAGUCUCACUGCCGCCGGUGUCCAUGUCGUCGUCGCUGCCGGAAACUCCAACACCAACGCUGCCAACACCUCCCCUGCUCGUGCUCCCUCUGCCAUCACCGUCGGUGCCAGCACAAUCGGUGACGUCAGGAGCUCCUUCUCCAACUACGGUGCCGUCGUCGACAUCUUCGCCCCCGGAACUGGCAUUACCUCCACCUGGAUUGGCUCCACCACCGCCACAAACAACAUCUCUGGAACCUCCAUGGCCACUCCCCAUGUUGCAGGUCUCGUCGCCUACUUGAUUGCCAAGGAUGGCAACGUUUCCCCCGCUGCCAUGGCUACUAAGCUCCAGAGCUUGGCUGUUAAGGGUGUUUUGACCUCCAUCCCUUCUGGCACCGUCAACUCCCUUGCCAACAACUCCUAA